AUGUCGGGACGUCCAAGGUUUCAGAGGUACGACAGACCGCAGUACAACGACGAGUACUACGACGACCGAUACUACUAUCGCAAUGACUACUAUCACAACGACCGCUACUAUUACGAGGAGCCGCGACUACCAACGGGGCCAAGAGCAACAAGUGCACCUACAGCUCCAAAGGGCAACACGCAGCCUGCUUUUAAAAGGGCCAAGGUGAGCAACAAGAACGUGAUGGAGGACGACGAGGACGACGAAUUCGCACGUAACGAUAUGGUUUUCAUGAGACCGGUGGAUUUGAAAGGAGCCGUUUUCGAACGAAUAAACCAGGUUGGAGAAGGAACUUACGGAAAAGUUUACAAAGCAAAGAACAAAAUCACCGGACAAUUAGUGGCAUUGAAGCGUCUUCGGUUGGAAUCCGAGCGCGAAGGGUUCCCGAUCACCGCGAGUCGAGAAAUCGGUCUUUUACAGUCAUUUAAUCAUCCCAACAUUGUUGGGCUUAGCGAGAUGAUGGUUGAGAAAAACGCCGUUUACAUGGUGUUUACGUAUAUGAACCACGAUCUGGCAGGAAUUUUGCAACAGGCCGAGAUUGUAAUCAGCGACGGCGAGAAGAAGAACAUAUUCAAACAGUUGCUUAGAGGUAUCAACUAUUUGCAUGCUAAGAAAGUUAUACACAGAGACAUCAAGGGAUCCAACAUUUUACUUGACGACAAGGGAGUUUUGAAGAUCACCGAUUUCGGACUGGCCAGACGCAUGAAGAACAUCAACAGCAACGUCGAGUCUCCUAAUUACACCAACAGAGUGAUCACUCUUUGGUACCGUCCGCCAGAGAUUCUGCUUGGGUCGACCGACUACGGCCGCGAGGUUGAUAUUUGGGGGAUUGGGUGUAUUUUGAUUGAGCUUUUCACGAGACACGCGAUUUUCCAAGGCACAGACGAAAUCGACCAGUUAUGGAAAGUUUACGACAUUAUGGGUACCAUUACUGUUGAAGAAUGGCCGGAUUGCAACACGUUGCCGUGGUUCGAGAUGUUGCGGCCGAACUCGCACAAACCGUCGUUGUUCCGUCACAAAUUCGGCUCUUUGCUGAGUCCGCAGUGUUUCAAUCUCGCUACCAAGUUGUUGGCGAAAAACCCGAAAAAUAGAAUCAGUGCUUCCGACGCGCUGCGCCAUCCGUACUUCAUGGAAGAGCCCCAGGAACAGAAACUUGCAUUCGUGGACAAGAUCGAGGGCGAAUGGCACGAGUUCGAGGCCAAGAAAAAACGCAGACAGCUGAGAGAAGCCAAACAGAAGGAAAUGGUGAAAAACUCCGGUUGA